UAUUACCGCCAAAAAUGGAAUUUGAUAAAACCAUUGAUUUUGAAUUUCAGUUAUUAAAAUAGACUUAAUAAUUCAAUUUAAAAAUUUACCAAUCCUUCAAUUUUGAGAAAAUUUGGUGAAUAAAAGUCAAUUUUUACUAACCUGGAUGUUGUUUUGACUUUCACGGCAUUGCAUCGUUAACACGUGAACCAAUGAGAUGACUCGUUCUAGACUCUACGAUGAAUUCUCCUCUAUGAUUGGUGGAAUCGUAUGGAAUAUUCUAGAAGCUGGGUAAAUGAACAAAACCGGCUGCACGACCAACAAACUUCCCGUUUACGUCUUGGUCUUGCAAACGAGCAGUCACAAGAGACUGUGCUAAACAUUUUUAUAAAUUUUCCAAUUUAUCCAUUGAUUCCUACUAUUUCUAAGUAACCCAAAAUGGCCGCCAAAGCACCAGCAGUGGGCAUUGAUCUAGGAACUACCUACUCUUGUGUUGGAGUUUUUCAGCAUGGCAAAGUUGAAAUUAUUGCCAACGAUCAGGGUAACAGAACUACACCCAGUUAUGUUGCCUUCACAGACACUGAACGUCUCAUUGGAGAUGCCGCCAAGAAUCAGGUGGCAAUGAACCCCAACAACACAAUUUUUGAUGCCAAGAGAUUGAUUGGUAGGAGAUUCGAAGAUGCCACUGUGCAGUCUGACAUGAAGCACUGGCCCUUUGAAGUGGUCAGCGAUGGCGGAAAACCAAAAAUUCAAGUAGCAUAUAAGGGAGAGAACAAGACCUUUUUCCCAGAAGAGGUGAGCUCCAUGGUUCUGACCAAGAUGAAGGAGACUGCUGAGGCCUACCUGGGUAAGACUGUAACAAAUGCUGUGAUCACAGUUCCUGCAUACUUCAACGACUCUCAGCGUCAAGCAACCAAAGACUCGGGCACCAUUUCCGGCCUCAACGUUCUGCGUAUCAUCAACGAGCCGACCGCUGCCGCCAUUGCAUACGGUCUCGACAAAAAGGGCCAUGGUGAACGCAACGUUUUGAUCUUCGAUUUGGGUGGUGGUACCUUCGAUGUGUCGAUCCUGACCAUCGAGGACGGUAUCUUCGAAGUGAAGUCGACAGCCGGAGACACUCACUUGGGAGGAGAGGACUUCGACAACAGAAUGGUCAACCACUUUGUGCAGGAAUUCAAGAGGAAGCACAAGAAGGACCUGACCUCAAACAAGCGUGCACUGAGGAGGCUGAGAACCGCCUGCGAGCGCGCGAAGAGAACUCUGUCCUCAUCCACCCAGGCCAGCAUUGAGAUCGAUUCUCUGUAUGAGGGUAUCGACUUCUACACAUCGAUUACAAGGGCGCGUUUCGAGGAAUUGAACGCCGACCUGUUCCGUAGCACGAUGGAGCCAGUGGAGAAAUCGCUGAGGGACGCCAAGAUGGAUAAGUCACAGAUCCACGACAUUGUGCUGGUCGGAGGUUCGACUCGCAUCCCCAAGGUGCAGAAGUUGCUGCAGGACUUCUUCAACGGGAAGGAGCUGAACAAGUCGAUCAACCCCGACGAGGCGGUCGCCUACGGAGCCGCCGUCCAGGCCGCCAUCCUCCACGGAGACAAGUCCGAGGAAGUCCAGGACUUGCUUCUGCUCGACGUCACCCCUCUCUCCCUGGGAAUCGAAACUGCUGGAGGCGUGAUGACUGUCCUCAUCAAGAGAAACACUACCAUUCCAACCAAGCAGACUCAGACAUUCACCACCUACUCGGACAAUCAGCCCGGUGUGUUGAUCCAGGUCUACGAAGGAGAGCGUGCCAUGACCAAGGACAACAACCUACUUGGAAAGUUCGAGCUGACUGGCAUUCCCCCCGCACCGCGUGGUGUGCCCCAGAUCGAGGUGACCUUCGACAUUGACGCCAACGGCAUUCUGAAUGUAACAGCCAUCGAGAAGUCGACCGGCAAGGAGAACAAGAUCACAAUCACCAACGACAAGGGCCGCCUCAGCAAGGACGACAUCGAGCGCAUGGUGAACGACGCCGAGAAGUACAAGGCUGAGGACGAGAAGCAGAAGCAGGUGAUUGCCGCCAAGAACGCUCUCGAGUCGUACUGCUUCAACAUGAAGAGCACACUCGAGGACGAGAAGCUCAAGGACAAGAUCUCAGAGUCUGACAAGACCGCCAUCUUGGACAAGUGCAACGAGGUGAUCAGGUGGCUGGACGCCAACCAGCUGGCCGAGAAGGAGGAGUUCGAGCACAAGCAGAAGGAGCUCGAGGCCCUCUGCAACCCCAUCAUCACCAAGCUGUACCAGAGCGGAGGCGGCGCCCCCGGAGGCAUGCCUUUCCCAGGUGGUUUCCCCGGUGCCGGCGGUGCUGCCCCAGGUGCAGGAGCCGCCCCCGGCUCAGGAGCUGGCCCAACCAUCGAAGAAGUCGACUAAACUCCCAAUUUUUGACAAAGGAAUCAUUUACUCAACAAUUGCAAUAUUUCAUGCUCUCGUAUAUGAAAUGAGUCUCUAUUGACAUUGAAUUCUAAUAAUGCCUUUUCAAAAAAUAAUUUCAUUGUUUCACACUGUUCUAUUGAAAUUGUUGAUUAAAAUAAAGAUCUGGAUUUUGGAAAAUUAA